CAGACCAACUUGGCCCCUCCCAAGAAGGUCCAGUCAGGGAUGAUCCAGUCUAGCCUGGUCCAGGCCAGUGUGGCGGCCAUGCAGAACCCCAUGGGCUGUUAUCCCAAGGGGACCAACGGCCACUGCCCCUUACCCCGGCUCUCCGUCUCCUCCCGCUCCGCCAGCGUGGUGGCCAGCAUGGACACAACCGGCGACCUCUCGGCCCUCCACUCUGUGAUGAAGUGGAAGACGGUGGUGGCGGUGUUCGUGGUGGUGGUGGCCUUCUUGGUUGGGGGCGGCCUGGCCUUCCGGGCCAUGGAGCAGCCCUUCGAGAGCAACCAGAAGGACAGCAUCACCCUGGAAAAGGCUUCGUUCCUGCGGAGGCACCCCUGUGUCACACCCACUGAGCUGGAAGCACUCAUCAAGCAUGCCAUAGACGCUGUUAGUGCAGGCGUCAGUCCGAUCGGAGACACAUCUUACAACUCCAGUCACUGGGACCUGGGAAGUGCCUUCUUCUUCGCUGGGACCGUGAUCACAACAAUAGGUUAUGGGAACAUAGCGCCCAGCACAGAGGGAGGGAAGAUCUUCUGCAUCCUGUACGCCUUAUUUGGCAUCCCGUUGUUUGGGUUCCUCCUGGCUGGCAUCGGAGACCAACUGGGGACCAUAUUUGUCAAGAGCAUCUUGAGGGUGGAGAAGAUAUACAAGCAAAAACAGAAACAGAUAAGCCAGACCAAAAUCAGAGUCACCUCCACCAUACUCUUCAUCCUGGCCGGGUGCAUAGUCUUCGUCGGCAUCCCGGCGGUCAUUUUCAAACACAUCGAGGGAUGGACGACUCUGGAUGCCAUCUACUUUGUCGUCAUCACGCUAACGACGAUUGGCAUUGGGGACUAUGUGGCAGGUGGGGAUCGGAAGAUCGAGUACAUGAAGUGGUACAAGCCCCUGGUCUGGUUCUGGAUCCUGGUGGGCCUGGCCUACUUCGCUGCGGUCCUGAGCAUGAUCGGAGACUGGCUCAGAGUGCUUUCCAAAAAGACCAAAGAGGAGGUGGGGGAGUUCAAGGUCCACGCCGCUGAGUGGAAGACCAACAUGCGAGCCGAAUUCCGGGAGACGCGUCGGCGGCUGAGUGUGGAGAUCCACGACAAGUUGCAGCGGGCUGCCACCAUCCGCAGCAUGGAGCGCAGGCAACUGGGCCUGGAGCAGAGGACCCACUCCCUGGACAUGCUCUCCCCAGAGAAGAGGGCCGUGUUUGCCAGCCUGGACCAGGGCCGUUUCAAGACCUCCUCCCAGGAGAGCAUCGACACCAAGCUGAGUAACUUGAGGUUGAGAGGGGCAGGGGAGCUUUGUUAUGAGCAGCGGAGAGGCAGCGAGCAGACCCAGCAGGCCUCAUCGGAGGACGAUAACCUCUUCAACCUACGCUUCCGCUCCCUCACCAAGCUAACCAAGAGACACAAGAACCGUGACCUGAAGAGUAACAUUCCCGACGAUAUGCGGAGGGCCUGCGAGGCGAUGGAGAGGAGGGAGGAGAACGUGGAGGAGGUGAAGGAGGAGGAAGGGAGCGAGAGGAAAGAGGGCAACACCAGCUUGACAAAUUUGGAAUAUGCAGACGAGCACAUUAAACUAAAUGGUUUUGUACUGGCUCUGGCCAAAGAGAGGGAGGACGAUAGAAUGUUGGAAGGAAGAGAGCUUCAGCCCCAGCUAGAAUGUGCAGAUACAGAGAGAGAGUGAGAGAGAAGGGGGCUUUUUUGAUGUCUCAAAAUGUGCCUUGCUGUUUUUUCUAUGCUUAUACUGUUCUGAGUAAAUGGGACUGUUCUGUUCUAAGUCAACAGUCACUGUGCCCUAGCAAUGUAAAGACUAAUGUUGCCAAAAAGUGGAGAGAAAAGAGACAGAGGCUAUGGUCUAAUUUGGCGAAGACCUCUUAUCUCUUGGAUAGUACUGGACCUACCAGAAUCUCCUUUCCUUUUUAAAGAACACCCACUUGCUACC